UGUGUUAUUCUGGACUUGUUUAAUUUGUCUUUCACCAUGCCUGAACCGGCUAAGUCUGCUCCGGCCCCGAAAAAGGGCUCUAAGAAGGCGGUGACCAAGGCGCAAAAGAAAGACGGCAAGAAGCGCAAGCGCAGCCGCAAGGAGAGCUACUCUAUCUACGUGUACAAGGUGUUGAAGCAGGUCCACCCGGACACCGGCAUCUCGUCCAAGGCCAUGGGCAUCAUGAACUCGUUUGUGAACGACAUUUUCGAGCGCAUCGCGGGCGAGGCGUCGCGCCUGGCGCAUUACAACAAGCGCUCAACUAUUACAUCCAGGGAGAUCCAGACGGCCGUGCGCCUGCUGCUGCCCGGGGAGCUGGCCAAACACGCGGUGUCCGAGGGCACCAAGGCCGUCACCAAGUAUACUAGUGCCAAGUAAACUGACAUGCCUCAACAUGAGAGUACAUCUUUUCUUCAAGAUGAAUUCCACCACUGAGGCCUGUGGGAAGUUUGGCAUCAGCUGUUAUGGGAUGGCACUCCCUCCCUUUUGACCCCACCCCCACCCCCAAGGCGUGUUUAUGUGCAGGGAGGGCUCCUUAACCUCCGAGUGAUCAUCUUAUCUCUUUACUCCAGCAUCUAAAGGAAUGCAAAUCAGAAAAAAAAUGUAAAAAAUUAAAAUAUUUGAGGCAACUGAAGUUUUUUUUUUCUAAUACUAGUUAUUGGAUGAUUUAAAAUUUUUCUUAGGUGAGAAAAUCUUGUAUUUUGUUGAAUUCUGUAUCUGUUGGGAUGUUUGAAAUAUUCAUGAUUGAAACAUGUUUAUGAUUUCUUUACACUGUAACCCUCCCCCGCAGUGUACCUGGUGGGUGGAUAAAAAAACAGCACAAGAGAUGUUGGUUAACUGUUGAAACUUUGCCUGACGGGCACUUGGAAGUACCUUAUUCUCUUCUGUGUACUUUUGUGUAUACUUCAAUGUGUCCCUUCCCUGCCUCCCUUCCCCUUUCCCCGAAAAAUGUUUUCUUUAAAAAGCUGGACCAAUUAACGAACAUAAUUCUCUUCCAGUCAAUAAGGGGUGAUAAUGAGAGGAAUCAAAUGUUGGCGAAGAGAAAUUCUGGAGAUUGAACUAAGGAAACCAGGAAAGAGGCGAUUUGCACAGGGGAGUUCAUAGCAGCGGUGGUCCCCUUCUUCCAGCGCACAGGCUCGACAAUCAAGAAACGCUUUCGCCAUCUUGUGGCCCUUUAAGAUAAUACAGUUAAUAUUUUGUUCUGUGGUUUCUGUUAGGCAAUCCAUUGCUAGACUUUAAUAACUGUAUAUGUAAAAAUACAAGAAACAAUAUUACUUCAAACAUAAUUCUCAUCUGAUCAAGUUCUCUCAUCAAUAACAAAGAACCACGUUAUUAGUUUCUUAUGUGUCUGGAAUUUCUUUAUACAAACACAAAUA